AUGGAGCGCCUGGUCAUCGCGCGUCCGGUGCUGAAGAAAGAUGACAUUGCGCUGUAUGAGGCCUUGGUGGAACGUGCUCGUGGGCAGCAGCACUACCACAUGCUGGCGAAAGAACUGAAGGCGGACAAGACGCGCGGCCAGAGCUUGCCCAGCCACAGCAACAAGAACGGCGCACAUUGGGUUAAAGAUUGCCCUACAGCAAGUGAUGCAGACAAGGAAGCAGCACUUCAGCGCAUGAACGACAUGAAAAACCAGCGACUACGGGCCAAGGCGGUGCGGUCGCUCGGACCACUGGGAGAAAGGGUUGCUAUUGUGAAUGAAGUACUCGAAGUACCUUUUCGUCCUGACACCGGCGCCGAGUGUAAUGUCAUUACGAAGAAAAUGAUCCAAGAACUGGAAAAAGCGUCAGGUUCAGCAGUGUCGAUGGAGAUGCUAGCAGUACCGGUGAAAGUGGAAGUAGCGGAUGGGCGAUUGGUGGAGUACUUGGAGAAAUGCAACCUUGACGUGCAGCUGCUGACUGCGGCAGGACCUGUGCGACUACGCCGUUUAGAGUGGAUAGUGAUGGAUGGC